ACGGAAAGAUAAAAAAAUCGAAAUUUGGACAUGUUUAUAUAUUAUUUAUUAUCUACUGUCCAGUAAAAUGUGACCCUUCAAAAUUUUUUUACAAACCUAAUUAAUCGCUUAAUAGAUACCUGCGGAAUCAAUUUUAGCUACAUCCAAUUAACGACCCAUCCAUCAACUUACCAAAAUCCGUUUCUACCUAUAUUCAUGGCGUCCCGCACAUUUACCGGAACUUAUUUUGAGUUCGUUUACCCUGCCACAUUUUCAUCUUCGGAUGAAGAUGUCAAAAGUCACCACCCUCAUUGCCCUCGCGACAUUGUGCUUCGUGUCGCUCCGCUUUCUGCAGGAUGACCCAUUUCCGUACGGAAAAGGGAAAGAAAUUGCCAACAAAACAACACUUCUGAGCAGAGCGACAGAAUUUUUGCCCAUUUCGGCAAAAAGCGCGUGGAGAUAUUCCUUCAUGCCGACGAUUAUUAUUCCAAUUUUGGUCCUUCUUUUCACCCCGGCGAGGUAUAUUUUCUACCCGAAAAAUGCGAUCGCCUUCGGUAUCACGUUUUUCCACUGUUUUUAUCCAACGAUCUUAUACUCCUCCAAAAUUUCUCGGCAUGCCCACCCCAUUGGAAUAUUAGUCUUCCUGGCAAUAUUUGUCGUCAACGUGGUUCACAAGUUUUACGUUUUCCACGGCAUUGCCAACGUCCUCACGCCGGAAUCAUUUACACUUCCGGUUUGCUGUGGAGCGGUAAUUAGUGCGUUUGGCGUGGCAGUGAACCAUUAUCACGACGCGAUUCUCACGGCACUGAGAGAUGAAGGGAAAGGAUAUCAAAUUCCGAUGGGAGGAUUGUUCACCUGGAUUUCCUGUCCCAAUUACUACAACCCACUAUUAGUAGCCCCUUGAUUUCGAGGGGCCUCAAGUUUUUGCCUACCUUGGUUAGAUCAAUGCUAAAUAUAGAUAUGCACCAGUGCAUGUAUGUACAUAUGCAUCUCUCUACAUAAAUAUGCAUACGGUAAUAGCGAGGGUUAAUCAGCCUUGACAAAAUCUACCAUUCAGAAACAAA